AGACCCCCUCUCUCUCUCUCUCUCUCUCUCUCUAUAUACAAGAAACAAGGAGAACAAAAAAGAGAGGGGAGAGUAAUAAGAGAAUUAAUCCCAAAUUAUCCCCAAAUUUUUGAGAGAGAGAGAGAGCUCAAAUUCCACAAUACCCAAAUGAUGAGGAAACCAAUCCUAAUCAUUUUCCUUCUGCAGCUGCUUUUCCUCAUCGGCACGGGUGCCGAGGUCGAUUUAGAAGUUCCAUCAUUCAGCCGUACGAAACUGUUGGGAGUAAAGUGCACGUGUGAUAAUCCGUGCGGUACUCCCUGUUCCAUCACCAGCCCUCCGCCGCCGUCGCUGCCCCCCGAAUAUUCGUACUCUCCUCCGCCGCCGCCGUCGCCCCCGCCAAUAUGGUCGUACCCGCCUCCGCCGCCGCCGUACACUCCGUAUGUUCCAUCGCCGCCGUCCGCCCUCUGCCCUCCGCCGCCGUGGGGGGCGUACUCCCCGCCGUACUAUCCGUGGAUUUACACGCCGCCUGGCGAAUUGUACCCUCAGGACCCCGGGUACCACCCCAACGGCGCGCGUCGACGGAGUGUGAGCUUAGGCCGGUUCGCGACGGCGGCGGCCGCGGUGGGAGGUGGGGUUUUGGCCUUGUGGCAGGUUAAUUAAUUGCUAAAUGUGUUAUUUAUGUGUGGAUUAUUAAUUAAAGUAAUUAAAUUAAUCUUAAUUAAUUGUUAUAGGUUUUUAUUAUGGAGAACAUGUUUAAUUAGAUAUGUGUGUGUUAAAAGACACAAUUUUAGUUAUGACAUGUCUAGAAAUUAAUUAAGUGGCUUCAAUAAGAAUUGUACAUGCAAUUACUAAAUCUUUGUUCCUAUA